AGUUGGCCUCUCAACCGAAAUCGUCCCCUUCCUACCAAACCCAUGCAUCUGUGCUUCCCUUUCAAACCAGUCGUUUGCAUGCGGCGACACGAGAACCCAUGCGAAGCCUCGUGACCUCCCAACCAAACUCCACACAACCCUCUAUAUGAACCCAUUAUAAAUGCCCUCCCACAUCUGCACUUCCCCUUCACCACUCUCUCCCCGUUCCUACUGCAGAACACUAAGGCAUGGCAACCUCCAUUCUCCUCUCUUUCUCUCUUUGCUUGCUCCUCCUCUGCCACAACUCUCGAGCGCAGCUUGGCUUGGGCCAGCAAGGAAUAGGGGAAUCGUGCGAACGCCCCCUCGGCUUUGUGAGCCAAUGCCGAAUCGAGAGGCUUAGCGCCCUUGAGGCCACCCGGCGUGUGUCCUCUGAAGCCGGCUUCACGGAGUACUUUGACCAGUACAAUGAGCAGCUCCAGUGUGCGGGUGUGGCUGUGCAUCGUCGUACCAUCCAACCGAGAGGCCUUCUGUUGCCAUCCUUUUCUAGUGCACCACGCCUCGUCUACAUCAUGCAAGGAAGGGGUAUCAUUGGAACCGUGAUCCCUGGCUGCCCAGAGACGUUCCAAUCCUUCCAGCAAACCGAACAGCAGUGGGAGCAGGCGACAGGUGAAUGCCAGAGGUUCCGUGAUGAGCACCAGAGGAUCCACUACUUCCGUGAGGGGGACAUCAUCGCGUUGCCCGCUGGAGUUUCUUAUUGGGGCUACAACAAUGGCGAAGUAGCUGUCGUCGCGAUUACCACCUUCGACACAAGCAGCAGCGCCAAUCAAUUGGAUCGCCAGCAUAGGGUGAGCCUUAAUGAAUCCAUCCAUCUAAUUUUCUGACGCAACACAGUUUUCAAGGUAAUUUAAUUGAGAAAUAUAUGAUGCUAGGAAUUUCUAC